AUGUCGGGUGUUCUGGCCUCUUUCGUCGGCAAGAGAAUUUUAGCGGAAUCGGCGAGGAACCAUUUCGGCCAAGAAGAUCCCUAUUUCGAAGAAGUUCCGGCUUCGCGACUCUACCGAGCCUUCGGCAAGAAGACGCGGAAGCGACGCAAGGCAAUUCCUCCUGGACUCUCUGAGAAUGAUCUGAGAGUCCUCACCCAGGUGAAACGCAGGGCGUACAGACUAGACUACUGUCUAUUCAAUCUCUGCGGCAUUCGCUUUGGCUGGGGCAGUGUCAUUGCGCUGAUUCCAUUUCUCGGUGACGUCGGCGAUACCGCACUCGCCAUGAUGGUCGUAAAGAACUGCGAGGAGAUUGACGGGGGUUUACCAGCACGCCUCAGGAUGAUGAUGAUGAUCAACGUGCUGAUCGACUUCGUUAUCGGCCUGGUCCCAUUCGUAGGGGACGUCGCGGACGCUGUGUACAAGUGCAACACAAGAAACGCUGUCAUCCUAGAAAAGCACCUGCGGGAAAAGGGGGCGAAGGCGCUUAAGGCGCAAAAUCGGACUCCUGAAGGGGUUGUUGAUACCAGCCUGGCGGAGGAAUUCGACAGAUAUGACCAGAGUGCCUUGGACGAACCGCCUAGAUACGAGAGCCAGGCAGGAGCGGGACCUGCUAGGCCUGAGCCUGCCAGGUAUCCGCAGAGAGAUCGGUCGCAGAAAGGGUGGUUUGGUAAAUCAUCCGAUCAAGCAGGUGACUUAGAGGCUGGAGUCGGGGAUAACUCAAAGUCCCGUGGUCGAUGA